AUGUCUACUUCUUUGCUUCUUAUAGGAAUUCUCUGCAUUUUAGGAGCAAAUAGUUUUGCCUCAGGAGGGAAAGCAAGGGUGACCCAAGAACCUAAUGCUCCAGAGCCCAUUGACUGCUUGCUGACUGCCUGGACUGAUUGGGGGCCAUGUAUUCCAUGCUCAGGAGAAAGACACCGCUCAAGGGGUAUUCUGAAGUUCGGACAGUUUGGAGGGAAGUCAUGCAUUGUGGCUCUGAGCGAUAGAGAAUCCUGUGAGACAAAAAGCCUGUGUCCAGAUGAGAGAGGUCAAUGUAAGGAUCAAGAGUUUGAAUGUGAAAAUGGAUAUUGUCUAAAGAAUAGGCUGGUAUGUAACACAGAAAAUGACUGUGGUGACUUCUCUGAUGAAGAUAAUUGUGAUGAAACCAAACGCCCACCAUGUGGGGAUCGUGACAUUGACGUAUCGGAACUUGGAAGAACAGCUGGACAAGGUGUGAAUGUACUGGGAAUGACACCAGCUCAAACUGCAUUUCAAAAUGAAUUCUACAAUGGCAUUUGUGAUAGAGCCCGUGAUGGGAACACAGCCACUUAUUACCGCAAGCCAUGGAAUACGGCUGUCCUCAGUUAUGACACAAGAGGAGACAAACACUUUACAAGUGAAUUCUACAGUGACCAAGCAUCAACAAUGAAAGAAAUCUUCAAAACAAAAACACAGACUUUUGAUGCAAACUUGUCUAUUAAACUGAAACCGACUGAGUCUGAUAUAUCAGGCACUAUUGGGGGAGGCUUCAAUGCUAGCAGAUCAUCCAACAUGAGUGAAUUCUUGAAAAACACCAAAGGAUCGAAUCCCAUCUAUUUACAAGUCAAAUCUGAUAUACAACUGGGAACUUUCCAAAUGCGAAGACGUGAUUUGCGCUUGAGUGAGACAUUCCUGGAAGAACUAAAGUUUUUGCCAAGUACCUAUGAGAAGGGAGAGUAUUUUAAAUUUCUUGAAACAUAUGGAACUCAUUAUUCACAUAGAGGAACCAUUGGAGGAAAAUAUGAGCUGAUAUAUGUGUUGGAUAACCAAACUCUUUCAUCACUUGGGUUCAGUGCAGAGGAUGUAAAUGGAUGCUUAGGCUUUAAUUUAGGAAUUUCUAUCGACGCAGAUGUUGCAGAAGCCACAGCGGAGAUUAAAGCCAAGCAAUGUAAAACCAGUGGAUUUAAAAGUGUUGAUGAAGUGAGACAGAGUGGGGUUAUCCAAGAUGUAGUCUCUCUGAUUCAAGGUGGGACAACAGCUACCUUAACAAGGUUGAAUGAAUUGCUUUCAUCAAAUGUCAGGCUAAUUGAUGUAGAACACUAUGUCGAAUGGGCUGCUACACUACCACAAGCUCCUGCAGUGAUAAGACAAGAGUUAACCCCAAUUUCGGACCUUGUACCGCUGAAAAUCCCAGACUCCCGAGCAAAGAAAGUAAAUCUGGACAGAGCUGUAGAGGAUUAUGUGGCUGAAUACAGCGUAUGCAAAUGCCAGCCUUGUCUACAUGGUGGGACAGUAAUGCUGAUAGAAGGGAAGUGUGAAUGCGCCUGCACUCCAUUUUAUAAGGGAGAUGCCUGUGAAAUACCCAAGUCAACUUUCAUACCAGCUCAAACUGCCAUUGAUGGGAACUGGAACUGCUGGUCUAGCUGGUCCUCAUGUCAGAAUAGAGAACGUCAGCGAACAAGAGAGUGUAAUAAUCCUGAACCUGGACCUGGGGGCAAAUCAUGUCCUGGAACAAGUGUAGAACAAGACCAUUGUUAAUUACAGAAGACUACUAACAGCAACCUGAAUGUCUCUCUCAGAUCUACGGAUAAAGAUUCUUGUGACCAGAUUGAAUUAAAAGCUAUGGAUCCAUUGAUCUCUGGGUUUCAGAACACCACUUUGUACUAUGCAAUAAAUUUGAUGGCUUGCAGAAUACACAUCUGUGUUGCUUGCUCUAUCAACUUCAUGUUUAAUCC